CACAUAGUUAAUUCUUAAUAUAACUACAUGCAACUAAUACAAUUAUCUUACCGUAAUAAGAAGUAGACAAGUGGCCACCUAACAAAAAUAUAGUCAAUGAUAUGAGGUUUCGAAUGGGUGUGUACAUGUGAAUUGCGUUAGGUUCUUAGCAUUAUAAAAGGUUGAAAAAGCCCAUCCAUUUAAUGUUUUCAUCUCACAUAAUCUAUUGAGUUUUUAUCUAAAUUAGGUGCUCAUAUAUUGUUGUCUAUGUUAUAUAAAAACAAAUGUAAUAUUAAAUGAUUUUUGGGUUAGAAGUUAAGGUAUAGUAUCAUGACCCAAACUUCGGUUAAUUCGUGAUCUAAUAACAAAACUCGGCGGACGUAUGAUAAAGUAAGCGUACACCUGAUGUACACUAUAUAUUCCUAAAGUUAUUUAGUGUUAGUGAUUUUCCACUUCCUACAUGUUUUGCUAAUAAUGACAUAAACCGGUUAUACCACCAGACUAACCAGACCACCUGCCAAACAUGCAAAUGGUAUAAAUCGGUUCGACAACUUUGAUUUCGACUGAAAGACAACCACUCUCUUUUAGGGGAGCUCAAACGGAGUGGUUACUAUGAUAAUCGUUUUAGCCGAUAGUAUUUGAAUAAUUUAGAUAAGUUAAUUUGGAUAGUUUGUUUGAUUUGGUUAAACUUUUACCUUGUGUGGUUUGGUUUCAGACACUCUUAACCUAUCAAACCAACUAAGCAAAUAGCCACAUAUUUUAUGUAUUAUAUAUAAUAUCUAAUAUGGAUAACCACUAAAAGAGUCAAAUGUUUGUCUCCUUAGACCAACUCCAAUGCAAGCCUCCAAAUUUGGGGAUCUUCGUCUCCAAAUUUGGGGUUCAUCCCCAUUUUCCCUUCAUUUGUUCCAAUGCUACAUCCUCUAUAUUUGGAGAUCUCCAUUUUUUAAGUUUUCCAUUUACUUAAAAAUGUACUUAUCGAAGUCUUAAUAUAAUUUGUUCAUGUUAAUUUUUGUAUAGUUCGUCAUCAUUUAUCAAUACAAAUUUUCUGGUAGAAUUUUUUUUAAUUUUGAGACCAAAUUUUUGUUGACCAAAAAUGAUUGACCUAAUUUGGGUUUACACACAACACUUGAAAAUUAUUGAUUUAAUUAAACCCCUAACUAAUCCCCUAAUUAAACCCCAAUUAACCCUUAAAAUCUUAAAAAGAAAAAGAAACGCCACGUGGCAGGCUUUGGGGAGCCUCUAUAUUUGGGGGAACCCCCAUUUCCACCGCCAAAUUUGGGGAUCCUUUUGGAGAUCUCCCCCAAAUAUAGAGACUCCUCCAUUUAUAGAGGCUCCAUUGGAGCCAACUUUCCCCCAAAUAUAGAGGCUCCCCCAAAUAUGGAGGCUCCAUUGGAGUUAGCCUUAUGACCACUACCGCCAAAGUUCUGGAAUUGUGCGCUUCCAGCACCAGCGCCGGCUCUGCCACCAAACGCUCAGCUAAAACCUUGAAGAAAUGUACUACUCCCGCCCUUGAGAUCCCCUCCACAACCGCAUCCUGCUCCGCACGAAAUCCUCUACCAUCAUCAUCAUCCUCGACCACCAAGGUUCCACUAAAAGCCGAAAGCGGCCCUCCCGCAAAACAAAGCAGCGUCGUCCUUCGGCUACUUCAACGUUGUUGGACCGGAAAAGAAUUUGAGGCUUGAAGUCGAUGGCCGCGUGCCCUCGCACCGACAGCAGGGGAGAAGGGGAAGGUGUUGAUUUUGUUUCGAUUUAGGGAUUUAAUCUUGGUGGAUAGUUGGGUUGGUGGGUCGGGUCUGGUUUUGUUUGGUUAGAGGGUUGGGUAGGUUUAGAUGAGCUGGCGGGUUUCAAUGAUGUGGCGGGUUCAGAUUAUUUUCAAGUUAAAUAGUGCUGAUUAGACGAUUCUGCCUGCCACGUCAUCACUUAACGGACUCUUUUAACGGAGAUGGACAACAGCUAACGGAGAGUGACCAAACGUGAACGGUUUUUGUAAAAUGAAGUACCACCAAUGGAUUUAAAUAUUUCGGGUGAUCAAACUUGAACGUUUUUUGUAAUCUCGGUGACCAACUAUGCAAUUAAACCUUAUAUUUAGAU